AUGGUGAAAUAGCCAUAUAUGCAAUUGUAUAGAAAAGUCAGGAUUAUUUGACAAGGAUUGUUUUCAAUGCUUUUACACAAUUCAGAACCUCAAUGAAUAUAAAAAAUAAUUUAAAAAGACGUAAGACCACUCUAGAUUGAAAUGAGCAUAGUGCUUGUAAAACAAUAGUGAACAGUGAAUGCAAAAUAUUUUAACUUAAAUUUCUAUUAUGCAGCAAAUUCAUAAAGUAGGGAAAGUCUUUUUCCAACAUUUUCAAGACAUUUUCUGUUAAGACAUGGUCUUUCUUCAGGUGGCUUUUACUUGGGAUAUUGAGAGGUAAGAUGGCGGAGUGGUGACAGUUCAGGUUGAGGAAGGCGAGGGCUGCCGUAACAAAGAACCACACGUUAGGUGGCUUAAAGCAACAGACAUUGAUUCUCUCACAGUUCUGGAGGCCAGAAGACCCAAGUCACGGUGUUGGCAGGGCUGUGCUCCCCCGAAGGCUGACAGGACGAAUGCUGCCUUGCACACCCCGUCUUUGGUGCCCUGCUGGUGUCCGCUGGCACCACUUGGCCUACAGGCUCAUCAUGCCAACUUCUGCCUCUGUCUCUACCCCGCCUUCUCCCCUGUGUGUCUGUGUUCAAAUGCCCCUCUUCUUAUAAGGGCACCAGUCCUGCUGGAUUCCAGUUUCCACCCUAUCCCAGUAUAGACUCACCCUAACUAAUUGCAUCUGAAAAAACCUUACUUCCAGACAAGGUCACAUUCCCACGUUCUGGGUGGAUGUGACUUUGAAAUGAUUAUCAAGUAGAUCCAGUUCCAUUUACAGUAAUGAGCAGAGAGUGAAUGAGGCAUUAAUGCACUUUCACAUGGCACGAACACCUGACAUUCACUGAAUUUUAAUAGAAGCUGGCAUUGGUGCUAACUCCUUACGCACUUUAUGUCAGUAGAUUCUCACUGAAGGAAGUUGCUAUUUUAUCCCACUUUACGAAUGAGAAAACUGAGAUGCGGAGAGGUCACCAAGUCAAACUCAAGCAACACCCCAGUACCCCGUGGUGAUCAGGCUGAAGCGAUGACUAAAUGCCAUUUGCUCCUGAUGACACCAUCACAAGCACUGAAGCCACCAAGGGCUGUUGGGCCUGUGCAGAGGAGAGGCAGACUCAGGCCCUCCCCAUGGACGGGAGGGCUGUCUUCCAUGUACACCUUGGUCGGAGUCCGCAAGGGUGGGGAGGUGACUGUGCACUGGCCUUUGGUUUGCAAUGCCUUUGCUGGCGCUGCUGGAAUGGCCUUUGGUUUGCGAUGCCUUUGCUGGCGCUGCAGGAAUGGCUGUGCGGAGUGCUGUAUGGUGCUGGGACUGCGCUCCCCGGCAGGAGCUGCUGGAAUGGCCUUUGGUUUGCGAUGCCUUUGCUGGCGCUGCUGGAAUGGCUGUGCGGAGUGCUGUAUGGUGCUGGGACUGCGCUCCCCGGCAGGAGUUGCUGGAAUGGCUGUGCGGAGUGCUGUAUGGUGCUGGGACUGCACUCCCUGCGAGGAGCUGCGGGAAUGGCCUUUGGUUUGCGAUGCCUUUCCUGGCGCUGCUGGAAUGGCUGUGCGGAGUGCUGUAUGGUGCUGGGACUGCGCUCCCCGGGAGGAGCUGCUGGAAUGGCUGUGCGGAGUGCGCUAUGGUGCUGGGACUGCGCUCCCCGGCAGGAGUUGCUGGAAUGGCUGUGCGGAGUGCUGUAUGGUGCUGGGACUGCACUCCCUGCGAGGAGCUGCUGGAAUGGCCUUUGGUUUGCGAUGUCUUUGCUGGCGCUGCUGGAAUGGCUGUGCGGAGUGCUGUUUGGUGCUGGAACUGCGCUCCCUGCGAGGAGCUACUGGAAUGGCUGUGCGGAGUGCGCUCUGGUGCUGGGACUGCGCUCCCUGCGAGGAGCUGCUGGAAUGGCUGUGCGGAGUGCGCUAUGGUGCUGGGACUGCGCUCCCCGGCAGGAAUUGCUGGAAUGGCUGUGCGGAGUGCUGUAUGGUGCUGGGACUGCGCUCCCUGCGAGGAGCUGCUGGAAUGGCUGUGCGGAGUGCGCUAUGGUGCUGGGACUGCGCUCCCCGGGAGGAGCUGCUGGAAUAGCUGUGCGGAGUGCGCUAUGGUGCUGGGACUGCACUCCCCGGGAGGAGCUGCUGGAAUGGCUGUGCGGAGUGCGCUAUGGUGCUGGGACUGCGCUCCCCGGCAGGAGCUCCUGGAAUGGCUGUGCGGAGUGCGCUAUGGUGCUGGGACUGCGCUCCCCGGCAGGAGUUGCUGGAAUGGCUGUGCGGGGUGCGCUGUGGUGCUGGGACUGCGCUCCCCGGAAGGAGUUGCUGGAAUGGCUGUGCGGGGUGCGCUGUGGUGCUGGGACUGCGCUCCCCGGGAGGACUUCGGAAGUUGUUUGUAGGCAUUACAGUCUUGUCUGCCAUUGCCACGUUGACACAGGGUCAAGCCACCUCCAGGGCCUGUAUUCCUCUUCAGGCGGGCGGGCAGGAAUGCUCAGGACCCGUGAUGAUGGCGCCAUGCAGAGGUCAGGGAUGAAUGACGCCCAGGCAGGGGAAGGAGUCCAGCAGCUCAGUGUUUGGGGAAUGGGGCCGGGGGCAGGUAAAAACUUCGAAUCAAGGCAAACAAAUAGCUGGAAAAUACAGUAGCUGUUAAGUUCUGAUGGAAAAGCUGUUUUGUACUUACAGUUAAAUCCCACAGUAUUUUUGAUGCGUUUCUGGGUUACUUGCUCUUCCCUUCUCAAAAGGUCCCAAUCUCACCAGAGCGUCCCUUCCUGCUCCGGCCCCAGCUCUCCACGCCUCCCGGAGACCGGGGGCCUCUACCCUUGCUCCCCUGGGACGGCGCUUCCCCCCUUCUUCUCCAGGUCUGGGCUGGGGUCUUCAGGCUCAGGUGGAAGGUGGUUUCGGGCCCUUUGCCUGCACAGGGACGACGCCCUGACCCAGGAAAAGCUUAACGUUGCCUGUCACUUGGACGCAUCUCUUGGCAGUGACGGGGGUGGAAAUCCUCACCGCAGCCCGUGGCUCCUGCAUGAUUGUUGUGAGAAAGCCACCGCUC